CGCACAAACGAGUGCACCCUUGCCUUCUCGUUGACAUACUGUUGGUGUCCAACGUCAACAAAGAACAACGGGUGAUUUUUCUUCUUCUUCUUCUUCUUCUUCCACGAGCCACACAACGCUCUUCAAGGUCCGAGAAGAUAUGGAAGCUGGUCUCAGUCAGGAGAAGGUUGCCACCUUUCUAAAGCGCCUGCAGGCUGAGCCCCGCUACCUGUUAGCCCAGAAUGUGUCAACCUGCAUCGACCCGCUGGAAGUUUGCCUACACCGGCAGACUGUCCAGGAUACGGUACACAUCUUUCAGCAUGCUAUCCCCACAGAGGGCAAGCCUGUCACUAACCAAAAAAACUCAGGAAGAUGUUGGAUCUUUUCAUGUCUGAAUGUCAUGCGACUUCCCUUCAUGAAGAAGUUUAACAUAGAGGAGUUUGAGUUUAGUCAGUCCUAUCUCUUUUUCUGGGAUAAGAUUGAGCGGUGUUACUUCUUCCUCUAUGCCUAUGUGGAGACGGCACAGAGGAAGGAGCCAAUGGACGGACGCCUGCUACAAUUCCUUCUUUCCAAUCCAGCCAAUGAUGGAGGACAGUGGGAUAUGUUGGUCAAUCUCAUUGAAAAGUAUGGUGUCAUGCCAAAGAAAUGCUUCCCAGAGGCACACAGCUCCGAGGCCUCCCGCAGAAUGAAUGGCAUUCUGAAUCACAAGCUGAGAGAAUACUGCUUCAAACUGAGGAACAUGGUGGAGAGUGACGCAACUCAAUCCGAAAUCUCCGACGCCAUUGACACCAUGAUAGAGGAGGUGUUCCGGGUGGCUAGCGUUUGUCUCGGCAGCCCGCCUGAGACCUUCUGUUGGGAGUACAGGGACAAGGAUAAAAACUUCCAUUGCGUGGGACCCAUCACCCCCCAGGAGUUUUACAGGGUGCAUGUCAAACCCCAAUACAACAUGCAGGAAAAAAUCUGCCUUGUGAAUGACCCUCGACCACAAAACCCAUAUGGGAAGCUUUACAGUGUGGAGUACCUAGGUAACAUGGUUGAAGGUCGCCAGACGCUCUACAAUAAUCAACCAAUCCAGCUUCUAAAAAAAGCUGCAGCAGACUCCAUAAAGAAGGGAGAAGCUGUGUGGUUUGGCUGUGACGUUGACAAACAUUUCCACUGCAAGCUGGGCAUUAACGACGUGAAUGUCUUCAACCAUGAGCUGGUGUUUGGAGUUUCAGUGAAGAACCUCACUAAGGCACAGCGCCUGGUAUGUGGAGACUCUCUCAUGACCCACGCCAUGAUCCUCACUGCUGUUACGGACAAGGAUGGAAAAGAGGGCUAUAAAAAGUGGAGAGUGGAAAAUUCCUGGGGAGAUGACCGUGGGAACAAAGGUUACCUCAUCAUGACAGAUGAGUGGUUCUCAGAGUAUGUGUACGAGGUAGUGGUAGACAAGAAGUUCCUCUCUCCUGAUGUGCUGGAGGUAAUGAUUCAAGAGCCUGUUUUACUUCCUGCCUGGGACCCGAUGGGCUCUCUGGCCUAAGUGUGGACACCCAUGUUUUUAACCUCAACCUCUCCACCCUCUUGCUCCUCUGCUUUUACCUCAGAUGUAUUGGAUAUAAAACGUCUACACACCCCUGUUCAAAUGGCAGGUUUUGUCAUUAAAAAAGCUGUGACCAAGAUAAAGCAUUUUAACUUUUUCCACUAUUGUGACCUAUAACCUGUAAAACCCAAUUGUGUAAAAAAUAAAUCUUUUAAAUAACUGAGGUAAUGUGGUCGCACAAGUCUGCACACCCUCAUAUAGUAAAUGGGGAUGUGGCUUGCUUCAGAAUUAACCAAUCACACUCAGACAUUUAAAGUUCCUCUCAUUAACGCCAAAUAAAAUUCCACUGUUGUAUCAGAUUUUCAUUUUCAUUUUUGCUUUCUAGCAGAAGCCUGAAGGUUUUGUGCUAACUCUGACUUUAUUAUGGAUUUGAAACCGUUAAUAAAUCCCUCCACUGUGCCUAAGGCCUCAUUUAAUAAAUCCCUCUACCUCGACUAAGGCCCCAAUUCCAACUGAAGAAAAACUGCCCCAAACCAUGAUGCUGUCACCAAUAUGAUUCACUGUCAUUAUGGUGUUCUUUUGGUAAGGAGGAGUGUUGUUUGUGACAAACAUAACUUUUUAAAUUAUUGCCCAAAAGUUCAACCUUGGUUUCAUUGAACCAUAAGUUGGAUUUGUGAGAUUUGAAGUUUUUCUUUUUGCGAAAUGCCACUGACAAGAUUUCUUCGCUUCCUUUCAUGAAUUUUGGCGGGACGUCCUUAUCUCGGUAAUGUCGCUUGUGCCAUAUUUUCUCCAUUUGAGUGUCCUCACUGUGUUUCAUGGCAUAUUUAAUGCUUUGGAAAUUAUUUUUAACCAUUUCUAACAAUAAGAUCCCUGUCUUGCUGUGGAAUCUCUCUGUGGACCAUGUGCAGUCAGAAGUGACUAAAGAAUUUUAAGGAAAAGUCUUUUAGAACAUCUGAACUUAUCUGGGGUUAAUCAGAAGCACUUAAAUUAAAAUUUUUAAUUUGCUGAGCCCCAUUUAACAUGAGUUUGAAAGCGAUUAGUUAAUUCUGACCACACGAACAUCACCAGUUAUGAGGUUGUGAACACUUGUGCAACCACAGAAUUUCAGUUGUUGAUUUUUACUGUCCCGCUUUAAAAUGUUUGAGUAUUAUUUUUAUAAUUUUUUUUUUUAAGGCUGAAAUUUUUUUUUAAAUGAUUUAUCUUGGUCUAAUUGUUUUUGUAUCACAAAAACAUAGGGCCUUAUUUAUGAAGCGAGCGUACGAACAUUCUCGCGCAAAGUAUGUGAUUUAUCAAGUUGGACUUGUGCGUGGGGGGACAUGCGUAAAUUUAUGCAUAUUGCUGACCAUGUGUGUAAACAAAAUAUUGUGGUACACUAGUGAAACUACAAAAAUAAGGCACUAAGAGGGUCACCAAAGCCAUUCGAGUGCACAUCCAGCUUCUGUCCCUGGAUUCUUUGGCCACUGGGACAUUUUAGAUUAGAGACAUGCGGCAUUUUGCAACCAACUAAGUCAAAACAUGCCGUGCCAGUUCCCAUACAGAGAUCACCAAUAAGCUGAAAUUAAGCAUGGGUUUCCCCCAAACAUAGUUGGAGCAGGUUGCACCCACAAUUCAUUUAAAGUACCAUCACACAAUGAAUUCAGCUAAUGGGAAAGGAUUUCAUUCAAUCAAUGCACAAAUAAUCUAUGAUCCACAUCGCCUGAAGGAAUGCAUGAUUCAUUCAUUCAUUCUACAGAAUAGCUCUCUUGGAUGUGCGCCUCCAAGAAGGGACUGUCGAGCCUGUUGAGGAUGGCUGACUCUGGGCAUUGAAUCGAUCGCGUCUGAUGAAGCCUAGUCAGAUGAGAGGCAAAAUGUCUUCGAAGACAACCAGAACAAUCCAGUUGCGAUCGAUAGGACUGUCUUGAUCAUUUCAAUAUGGAUUUAUAGUUUGAUAAAUAAAAUGGACACAAUCGUUUUUAGUUUUUUUCCGGACUUGAUAAAUUCUCACUGUUGUGGUGACAUGAGCCAACGACAAGCUGGGCAGCUCCACUGCGAAGUGGCUUACUAUUAGCGGCUAGGCUAGUUCGUAUUUGAUUGACAGGUGAAGGGCUUGUCUCCAUUGCCUUCAGCGGACACGCCCACACAGUCCCCCGGCUCGAAGGUGGCCCUUAUUUUUCAUGAUUUCAGAGCCUUAUUUGGGAUUGUAUUUUUUUUUUUUUUUUCAAAUUCAAAUUUGGCAGGCUUUUUAAAAACACUUCUGUGUUUUAUCAAAUUUACAAUACUUUUUUUUUUUUUUUUUUUUUUGUGGGGUCCUAUUUACCGGGUAAAUAACCCUCUAGCUCUGUGCCAAAUGUGUAAGUGCAAUUUUUGUGAAGAGAGCCUGAGUCUCUUUUUUUUUAUUUUUUAUUUUUUAUAUAUAUAUAUAUCUAAGGUUAUAUUUAUUGUUCUACAUUUCAAUGCCAAUGUUCAAUAUUCUUUAGAAAACUUAAACUUAAAAAAUUAUGUACUUGAAUUAUUAUGCUCUGUCAUUGUAUCAGUGGUAUAAAAAAAAACAUACUAUUGUUAAUCUUGAUAGUUUUUGCUAGUAUAUCAUCCUAAAAAAUUGCUAUUGUGACAGGCAUAGCGAUCGAUUCAAUGCCCUCAGAAUGAAAUGGCCAGGAUUAAUGAGAAUAUUCACACUCAAGGAUGGCUGCACGUACAAUGAGUGACAUGUCCCCCAAAAUGUCUUUCAAUGGGAUCUCAUUUGAGGUGCGUCCCACGUCUGAGACGCAUAAAAAUGAGCAGAGCCGCAUAAAACAUGAUCAGUCUGGAUCCACAGACGCACAGCAUUGCUUGUGUGUGUGUGUGUGUGUGUGUGUGUAUGUUGUUGAAAUGCUUGAGCAAAUCAUUAUCCACCAAAAGUACGGGUCCUGUUUUGGUACUAGCCAGUCAGAGGCAGAGAAGGGCGGGUUACCGUUCCAUAAAUACAACGGAGACUUUUUUUCUGAACUCAGUGCAUUUUCAUUGUUGUGGUAACACGCAGCGCGCUGCUCACUGUUCACAACGCAGCGAGUCCCUGGCGGAACUUCUUUUGGAUCCGCAGAUGCACACAACUGGGACACUAUUAAAAAAAAAACUGUUAACUAUUUAUUAAGUUUGCUAGCCUGGGAGCUAGCAAACUCGCCUGGGAGCUAGCAAACUCCAUCGUGGUGACAUCGUUUAAAACGAAUCACUAACUGGCGGACCAGUCCAAUACAGACCCACACCAUAGCCAAAAAAGAAGUUGAGUAAAAGACGGAGAAAUAUUUCAAAAUGACAACAUUUGGAACAAAUGAUGCUUAAAAUGUCAGUCACUUUCUCUUUUUAUUUACUGUUAUGAGAGAACAUUAUGCGGUUGUGCUCAUAUGUUUAAUUACCAUAGCAGAAUUUAUAAUAUGCAUACAAUUUUUUAUUAUGCUCUAAUAUCAUUAUAUCAGUGGUAUUAAAACAAAUCAACAAUUCUAUCGUUUGUCAUGGAAGUUUAUGGGAAAAUGUAUUCUAAAAUAUUUGCUAUGGUCGCAGGCCUAAACGCAUAAUAUAUUGAGAGCAAGAGCAAUAGAUAAGAAUAAUAUUGUAGUGUAAAAGAGAGUAAGAACUGCAAUAAAAAUCUGCAAUCUAGCGGAACCGCGAAGCAAAAACCUAAAAAACAAAUAUAUCGGAAGAUUACGGUAUCUGUAGUCCGUUAAGAUAAAUUGCAGGGACUCAUUGUUCCAUGGCAGGACAUGUGCAAGCAUGGCAGUUUAGAACAGGUGCGUUGUAUCAAGACACAUUACUUACUGUUGUGCGUAGGACGUGUCCGCAUGUUUGAUAAAUAGAUGUUUUAGUACUUAUACACAUUUUAAAUGUCAGUCCUACGAGGGAAUUUAGAAUAUUUUCUACGCAAGCUUGAUAAUUGAAGCCCAUGGCAUUUAAACAGGGGUGUGUAGACAUUUUAUAUCCACUGUAUAUCCUUCACAUUUGAAAACAUGCCAGUGUUCUAGAUAAAAAAAAUAAAUAUUUCAGUUUUUAACAGA